AUGACAAAGAUGGCAGAGCCGCCAUCUCCAGCAGUCGAGGAGGCCAAAGACAGACCAGGUCCAUCCUGGAAAAAUGUUGAGGAGCACGUCAUCCCUGAAAAUCGCCUAGGGAUUGUGUUUAUUGGCUGGAUGUGUACAACUUUCUUGGUAGCCAUAGAUGAAACUGUCGUUGCCACCGCCCUGCCCACAAUUGUAGCUGAUCUAGGGGGAGGUAAGAACUAUAGUUGGGUGGGGAGUGCUUACAUGCUGGCGUGCUCCUCUUUGAGUCCGCUAUAUGGAAAACUAUCCGACAUUUUAGGCCGCAAACCCAUACUAUAUGGAUGCAUCCUCGUAUUUUUGAUUGGAUCAGCGCUGUGUGGUGCAGCUCAGAACAUGACAUGGUUGAUUGCCUCUCGUACCGUACAGGGGGUUGGCGCCGGUGGCAUCUUCCAACUCGUACAGAUCAUCAUAUCCGACAUCGUUCCAUUGGAAGAGCGAGGCAAGUACAGUGGUCUCAUUGGUGCCACUUGGGGCACAGCAAGCGUUAUCGGACCGUUAAUCGGCGGCCUUUUCACUGAUCAUGUAUCUUGGAGGUGGUGCUUCUGGAUUAAUUUACCAACUGGUGGCUUAGCUGGGGCAGUUUUAUUCUUUUUCUUAAAUCUGAAUCCGCACCAAGGAAGGCCGUUCCGCGAUCAUGUCCGAGAAUUCGAUUUCGUUGGACUGUUUGUGAUCGUUAUAGGGGUUAUUUGUCUCCUUAUUGGUAUCAACUCAACGACGUGGAAAACCCCACAAACCAUUGCACUCCUUGCUGUGGGAGGUACACUGCUCAUCAUCGGUGGAAUCAAUGAGAUUUAUACGAAGCGGUCGCCCAUUAUUCCUCCUCGUCUUUUCCAGACACGUACGACAGGCUUUGCAUUAGUUUCUGUCUUCAUACAUGCUACGAUAUUCUUCGCAGGUGUCUACCUUCCAAUGUACUACCAAGUUCUUGGCGCAUCGGCAACGAGUUCUGGCAUCAAAAUGCUUCCUUACUCGUUAAGCUGUAGUCUCAUGUCAUCAGUUUCUGGAAUGGUUAUGACUCGCACGGGAUCCUACCGCCCUGUCAUAUGGUUCGGAUGGAUUUCCAUGACGCUUGGUUGGGGGCUCAUGACUAUGCUGGAUAAUACGACCACUGUUGCAGCACAGGAAAUCUACCCUGUUAUUGCUUCCCUCGGCGUCGGUUGCUUGUUCCAGAGCCCGCUUAUUGCCAUACAGGCAGCCGUGCCUAUAAAGGAUAUGGCUACCAGUAUAAGCACUUCUAUGUUCCUCCGAACUCUUGGGAAUACGGUAGGCAUGGCGAUGGGGGAAGCUGUUAUUUCCAGUGUCCUCCAGCAGAAACUGCAGGGCAUCCAAGGCCUCACAAUCGACACUUCUGCCACGGCUUUAAACGGUAACAUAAAGCGGAUCUCUUCCAUUUCUGUAAGCACGCUACCAUGGUCUCGAUUCUGGCUUAACGAUCACUCCCACCAGAACCCAAUAGUGCGCCACGAAGUUAUGCAUGCUUACUCGCGAUCGAUCAGCACGAUUUGGAUAGUCAGCACUCCACUAUCUGCAUUCGGUCUCUUUCUAGUUCUCUUCCUCCGUAGCUACACACUCAAACGUACGAUCAUCCGCGGCCACGAGAACAAGCUAAGAGAUGCUGAGACGGGUGCUGAGCAAUCAACAGUUGCAGAUGCAGACGACUUACCAGCCUUGGAGUUGGAGCGUUUUGGGAAGCACCAAGCAUCGGCCUUCUCUGAUAACGUCACUGGAUCAACAGACUCAUUGGACGAUAUUGGCAAGCAGGAUAUGAAAGCAUAG